AUGACACUCCAGCCACACGAGACUGCGCCAAUCGCGCCUCAGUCCUCUCUAUCUUUUACCCAGGGUUUUCUGCUCGGUCAGCUCUCCGUCGUCCUACUCAUUGGUGCCUUCAUCAAGUUCUUCAUCUUUGGCGAAGCCCCGCCACCUCCCUCGCGCGGACUCUCGAAUCGCACAACCCACCGCCGCAACAGCUCCGUGUAUAAUCCCCCUCAAGAUGGCCAGAAGACCCUACGAGAAAAACCAUCCACCUCCAAUGUUCUACGCCCGGUCCCUGCCUCGGCCACCAAUACCCGCUCUAUCCUUCGUAAGACCUAUUACAGCGCCAUCCCAACCAACCCCUCCUCCAAACAUGGCAGGCAUCGGCUGCACCACUCAUCCCACCAGCCGGAGUCGCUGGACUGGUUCAAUGUCUUGAUUGCUCAGACAAUUGCUCAAUACAGGCAGACGGCAUACACACUCAAGGAUUCGCCAACAUCCUCGAUUCUGAGCUCCUUGACAGCGGCGAUGAACAACCCUGAAAAGAAACCCUCUUUCAUAGACAAGAUCACUGUGACGGAUAUCUCACUAGGAGAAGAGUUCCCAAUUUUCAGCAAUUGCCGUAUCAUUGCCGUCGAUGACCCCAAUUCCGACGGUGGCAGAUUGCAGGCCCUAUUAGAUGUUGAUCUUAGCGAUGACAACCUCUCCAUCGCGGUCGAAACUUCCAUGGUUCUCAACUACCCCAAGCCGCGCUCCGCCAUCCUUCCAGUGGCGCUAUCGGUCUCGGUUGUCAGAUUCUCGGGCACACUGUGCAUUUCCCUGAUUCCGGCGCAAACCGACCCGCUACACACUCCAGCUACAUCGCCGACACCACCGGCCGAGACUGGUCCCAAUAGCCAAGACCCGGCCCUUGGCUCCCCAGGCGCUGAGUCACAAGACAAGCCGCCUAAAAGCAGCCCUAAAAGCAAUGUCGCAUUCUCAUUCCUUCCAGAUUACAGGUUAGACCUUUCAGUCCGUUCUCUCAUUGGAUCCCGCAGCAGACUCCAGGAUGUACCGAAGGUCGCCCAGCUAGUUGAAGCGCGCGUACACGCAUGGUUUGAAGAGCGUGUUGUCGAACCCAGGGUCCAAGUGGUAGGACUCCCGGACCUAUGGCCACGCAUGGGUCGAACCGGCGUGCGUCCUGGUGAGGACUCAGAUGCCGGGUCCACAGCACCACCGCGAAGUGCCGGCUCUACCGAAGCUGGCGGACCGAUUCGAUUCACUGAUGACCGUGAGCAGGAGGGCUUACGUUUCCGCGGUGGAUUAGAUGCUCGGCUAGGUCUAGGAGGGCUCAGAGCUGGGUCGCGCAGCAGCAGUUUUAACUUGGAUGUGGGUGGUCUGCGCAGUCCCAGUCUGACACGACAAGACAGUGCCAGUGGGUUUAGUGACCAAUUGCAUAUCCCUGGUGCCUUGCCGGACCGAGUCGCGACGCCUACGGAAUGA